AUGAAAGAUCAGUGUUAUUCCUCUAAUUUUGGUACUUAAUUUCCGGGAACAAACAUCUGCCAUCAAUAAUUUCCCAUCUCUUAAUUGUUAACAAAAAUGUCCACCAAGAAAAGGAAGAAAAAGUUUACCAAUUCAUUAUACUUGUUGCAAUAUUGCCCUUCCAAUUUGAACAUUUAUUGUCCCUGAAGUUGUUUUUCUUGCAAUAUUGCCCUUUCAACUUGAAGCAUUAUUGAACAAAAUGGAUGCAGCAAAAAGAGCAAUGUGUACAGAUGAUCUGUUUAAUCCUCUUACUACAACAUUCAUGCAAAGCUGUGUUAUGCUUCUGAUUUCUCAUUUUUUUCAUGUUGUUCUCAAGCCCCUUGGACAACCAGGACCUAUUGCACAGAUUUUGGCAGGAUUGGUGCUAGGUCCUUCAUUCCUAAGUCGUAUCAGCAGAGUGAAAGACUUAUUCAAUCAGCCUAAUGUCAACGAUUACAACUUAGUUAUUUCAUUCAUUUUCCGAAUUCUUUUCAUGUUCUUGAUUGGUCUGGAGACAGAUAUUCCUUUCAUAACUCGCAAUUUUCGCCAAGCAAGCAUCAUUGCAUAUGGAGGCCUAACUGCUUGUGCCAUAUUCGGAGCAGCUAUCACUUUGUUUGUCAUCAGAAUGCUGAUCAUAAACGAGCAUAAAUUUGUUUUCGCGCAUUUAAUGAUGAUAAUCCUAGGAAGUUCAGCUUCUCCCGUAGUGAUUCGGUUAUUAGCAGAAUUGAAAUUCGAGACUGCUGAUGUAGGCAGAUUGGCAAUAUCUUCAUCUUUGAUUAAUGAAAUGUCUUGUAUGAUAUGGUAUGAUUUAGUUAUAGCUUUCACGUCAAGAAGAAUGUUUGGUAAUGGAAUAUUAUGCCUUCUUUUUACUGCUAUAAACACUAUUCUGAAUAGAUUCUUAGCUAUUUGGUAUAACAGAAGAAGACAGAAUCAGAAAUAUCUGCCAAAUACUGAUGUAUUAACCAUUUUAUCACUCAUUAUAUUCUUUUCUUUUAUUAUCGAAGAAUUCGGAUACAAUAGUACUAUUUCUUGUUUCUUUGUUGGUCUGAUGUUUCCGAGAGAAGGAAAAACAACUCGGACAUUGUUGCAUAUACUUACGUACUCGGUUAAUAACUUCAUUCUUCCCAUCUACUUCGGAUUCAAUGGCUUCCGAUUCAACAUAAGUUACCUGAACAAUACUAUCAAUUUCAUAGUUGUUGUUAUGGUGAUAUUGCUCAGCAUUGGUGGCAAGAUCAUCGGAACAUUAGUCGCUUGCCAUUAUCUGAAGAUCCCACGGAAUGAGGGAGUGAUUCUUGCUUUUAUACUUAACUUGAAAGGUCAUGGCGAACUUCUGCUCAUCGAUGUAGUCCCCAAGACUAAAUCCUUUGAAUGGUGGGAUGAUAACUUUCACAAUUUGGUGAUAAUAGUAGUAGUGCUCAACACAAUAAUUUCAGGACCGAUAAUAUCUUGCAUAUUAAAUAGAGAAGAGAAAUAUUUUUCUCACAGACGAACUUCACUCGAAUUUGAUGAUCCCCCGAGUGAACUUCGGAUGCUAGUUUGUGUUUAUAGCUCGGGACAUAUCUCGUCAAAAAUCGGACUAAUCUCAGCGUUGAGCGGUUUCCCAGGAUCUGCUGUGAUACCAUAUUUGAUGCACUUAGUUGAGCUACCAAAGAAACAGAAGAAGAAAAAGUUGAUGUAUCAUGAGUUAGAAGAUGGAGAGCAAUUUAGUGAUGAAGAUGAUUAUGGUGGAAGUGAUGUUCAUGAGAUAAAUGAUGCUGUGGAUGCUAUUACAGUAGAUACCAAAAUUAACAUUUUCCGAAAGAGAAUCAUUUCAAGUUUCGGAAGUAUGUACGAAGAAGUAUGCAAUAAAGCCGAAGACUUUCGUGUAUCGAUCAUUAUUCUAACGUUUCAUAAGCACCAGCGCCUUGACGGGCAAAUGGAGAAUGGAAUAGAGGGUAUCAGAAUCACUAACCAGAAGAUUCUUCACCAUGGUCCGUGCUCAGUUGGGAUUUUUGUGGAUAGAGGACAGACUGGUUUUCAACAACCUACUCCUGAAUCAGAGCAAAAUGUAGUAACAUUGUUUUUCGGAGGUCCUGAUGAUCGCGAAGCAUUGGCGUGGAGUAAAAGAAUUGCCUGUCAUCCUCAGGUUAAACUGACCGUCAUCCGUUUCCUACAAGUACCGUCAGGAGAGCAAGGCAUUGCUUCCAACAGGAUUGAUGAAGACGAAUUUUUGACAAUAUCAAGCUCUCAGGUUGAAAACGCGUUAGACAAUGUGCUAAUUGAUGAUUUCUGCAACAGAUAUGUAGCCUCAGGUCAAAUUCAAUACAGAGAGAAACAUGUGAGCAACGGUCAAGAAACAGUUGAGAUUCUGAAAGAACUAAAGAAUUUGUAUACACUGAUCAUAGUAGGGAAGGGUGAAAGAGGAUUUUCGCCAUUAACAACAGGUUUAAGUGACUGGGAAGAAUGUACAGAGCUAGGAAAUGUGGGUGACCUUUUAGCUUCUUCAGAAUUUGAGAUUAGUGCUUCAGUUUUGGUCAUUCAACAGCAUAGGCAUACAAGGAAUACUAACCAUCUCAUGGAUGAUUAGUUUUUGUUUAGUUAUAAAUAUAUUAGUAGCUUAGUUUUUAGUGUAGUUUAGCUGCAAAAAUGUAAAUCUUUUUCUAUGCUAAUUGUUCAAUCUUGAACUACAA